AUGCGCGCCCCGCCGCUGCUGCUGCUGCUGUUGGCCGUCUGCGCGCCACCGCCCGGCGCUGCCGCUGCUCCGACGCCACCCGGCUGGGAGCCGACCGCCGACGCGCCCUGGUGCCCGUACAAGGUGCUGCCCGAGGGCCCCGAGAUGGGCGGCGGGCGCCUGUGCUUCCGCAGUCCCGCGCGCGGCUUCCACUGCCAGGCGCCGGGCUGCGUGACGCUGGCUUCGGCCGGGGACUCGCUGCGCGCCCACGUCCUGCGCAACCGCAGCGUGCUGCUGCAGUGGCGCCUGGCUCCGGCCGAAGCGCGCCGCGUGCGCGCCUUCGCGCUCAACUGCUCGUGGCGCGGCACCUACACACGUUUCCCGUGCGAUCGCGUGCUGCUCGGCGCCUCCUGCCGCGACUACCUGCUGCCCGACGUGCACGACAGCGUGCGCUACCGUCUGUGCCUGCAGCCGCUGUCGCUGCCGCUGCGCGCCGAACCCGCCCGCAGCAGCGGCACGGGCCUCGCCGCCGCCGCUCCGGAGCCCGCUGAAUGCGUGGAAUUCACCGCCGAGCCGGCCGCUAUGCAGGAGAUCGUGGUGGCCAUGACGGCAGUGGGCGGUUCCAUCUGUGUCAUGCUGGUGGUCAUCUGCCUGUUGGUGGCCUACAUCACCGAGAACCUCAUGCACCCGACCUUCAGGCGGCCCAGCCUGCGCAGGCAGGCCUGAAGCUCUAAGCAGUCAGCCCGACAGCCCCAGUGAAACCUGAGUGCUGGAGACCCCAGGUCCUCUGCCUCAUUCCCCUUCUUUUCCUCAAGCCCGCUCCCUCUUUAGGAUUCCCAUGGAGGGCCUGAUGGAGACGAAUAGGGAGCCGGCUAGCUCACGCGGGAACCUUGGCAUCAUCCCACGACCUUGCCAGCCCCAACGGGGCCUUUGCCUACCAGAAUCAGGUCUGGACUGGCCUAUGGUCCUGGGCUGGGGUGCCAGCCGUGCCCAUGGGUCUUCCUGCUCUCCCGAGGCCUUAGGGACUGGCCAGGACAUAUGGUUCCUUCCAGCAAGAGCCACUGGCACCCAGGAUCAUCACCCUGAACUUCCAUCCUGUGACAGGUUGUCAAAGGCCAUGGUCACUGCUUGGUCACUUUGUGCUUUGCGGGUUGGGGGAGUGGUGUCUGGAGCCUAUCCCUUCCCCAACACCUUACCCCAGUGGGCUUAGGUUAGCUUUGUGCCUUAGUAUAUCUCAGACCCACUGCAGGAGCCACCCAUCAUCCCUCUGCUUUCCACAGGGGUGUGUGGGCCUGAGAAUGGCUGGCUUAUGCAUGCUACUGACCAGAGUCCCCCCUGAGGACAAUCCGUUUUGGAGAUUUUUCAGGAGCUUAGGGUGAGGGUACACGGGUCCUGUUGUGUCUUCCUAUGUGGGUGCCUGAGAAGACGAGAGCCAUGAUGUAGCUCAGCAGGCUGGGCCCAGCGUCCACCUGCUGCAUCCAGGGGUGAGUGCCUCCAAUUAGGGAGGCUGACGAUUCCCGCUUUUCCGUUUGCUUGUACUGCCUUGACGAGGACAUUCUGUGCAGGGGAGUGGAGGGGGCAGGUGAUUGGGAGAACAGCACCAGAUCCUGAGGUCAGAAGGACAGCUGCCAGCCUUGCCUACCCAGACCCUCCUCUGUGGUCUGGAUCCCAAGCCUCAACAAACACAGGAGACCUCAGUGGCCACAAUGUGACCAACUGCACUAUCCCCAGUCCUUCUCAUGAUAGGGGGUAAAGAACCCGGGAUCUGACCCAGCAAUGCUUCCCACACAUCCACACGGACAGAGGCUGGCCUUGCCCUCCUUCUGGCAGACCUGGGCACCUGGCUGAGGUAACCUACCUAGUCACCUGAUGUUGUUGGGCACCAGGAGGUGCCCAGCUGUCACUGAGCCCCAGCACUGACCACCGGACUUAACCUUGGCUAAUCUGCCCGUCUACUCUCACCCUAGCAAUCAUGCUAACCCUGGGUCCUGGCUGGCAGCACCCAUGCCCUACCUCUCUGUCUUUGCUCUGCCCGCUCCCUGCGAGGCGCCGCUCAGGUGCAAACCUGGUGCCAACGUCUAAAUGUCCAUCACUCUAAGACUAUUAA